AGAGUCCAGCCGGGGGUGCCGCACCCGCUGGGGAAUGAAGAGGGAGGACACAUGGGAAAUGCCUGGGGCUGGAGUCUCUUUGGCUCUCUGCCAGCAAGAAACUUAGAAGUCCUGGCUUGCUCAACCCGACUGUCCCCAAAGCUUUCAGACUUUUGCCCUUCCAUUGCCACUAUCUCUCCCCACUCUGGGCGUCCUACCCAAGGAGCUAUCUAUGCGUGCCCAGGGCCUGUCCUGUGGAUAUCCAGUUCGCCCCUUGCUGCUAGAGCAUCGCGCGGGCUCUGGCAUCACCGAGCGUACAACGCCGGGCUGCGCUCCCCUGAGGUGCGUCCCUCAGAUCCGGGACUGUCCAUUAACCAGGCUGGCUCAAAGAGGCGCAGACACACUCGAACCCGGGAAAACUUAUUUUAUUCUCGGUUCCCGGGGUUGCAGCUGCCAGCGGCUGAGACAGCGCGUCCGCUUUGUCUCUCUGCAGUCCCCGCAGCCCCCCUCUCCCGCUUCCUCUCCCGAUUAACUCCCCCGACACGCUCUUCCCCAGCUCCUCUCCUCCUCCCACUCCUUCUCCUCCUCUUCCUCCUCCUACACCACGGGCCGCGCUAAUGCGCUUCCUCCCUCCCCCGGUGUCGGUCUCUUUGCAUACGCGCCCCCUCCCCUCCCCUCCCCGCCGCGCCACUUAUAGCGGGGCGCACCGCGGCGGGGCGCAGACUGCUCUGGCAGCCGGAGAGGAGGCGGUGCGGCGGUGGCGCUGCGGAGACCGGGUCCAGACGCCUGGCGGCAGCCGGCGCACAAGGCGCUUUCUAGCUCCCUCCCCCGAGCGCACAGCCCGCCUCCUUCCGCGGCGCCUGCAGUGGCAGGCUUGCUCUCCGCUCCGGUGACGCGCUCCGGUAGACGCUCUGCGGGUCCUGGACGCCGGGUGCGCGGCGUGGGGACAAGAGGCAGAGGCGAACGCCAGCGGUAGCCAGUCCGCGAGCCAUCGUUCGGGGUGCAGUCCUCUCCCCGGCUGGCGCUCCUUUCUCCGGGGCAUUCGCCACCGCUUCCCGGGGCUGAGACGACCGGUUCGUCGCCUCCUUGCCCGUGACCGACGCUAGAACUCAGUUGUGCGUUACGGCCAGUCGCCACUGCUGAGUGGAAACAAAAUGUCAGUCAGCGUGCAUGAGAACCGCAAGUCCAGGGCCAGCAGCGGCUCCAUUAACAUCUAUCUGUUUCACAAGUCCUCGUACGCUGACAGCGUCCUCACUCACCUGAAUCUUUUACGCCAGCAGCGUCUCUUCACUGACGUCCUUCUCCAUGCCGGAAAUAGGACCUUUCCUUGCCACCGGGCAGUGCUGGCUGCGUGCAGUCGCUACUUUGAGGCCAUGUUCAGUGGUGGCCUGAAAGAGAGCCAGGACAGUGAGGUCAACUUCGACAAUUCCAUCCACCCAGAAGUCUUGGAGCUGCUGCUUGACUAUGCGUACUCCUCCCGGGUCAUCAUCAAUGAAGAAAAUGCAGAAUCGCUCCUGGAAGCUGGUGACAUGCUGGAGUUUCAAGACAUCCGGGAUGCAUGUGCAGAGUUCCUGGAAAAGAACCUGCAUCCCACCAACUGCCUGGGCAUGCUGCUGCUGUCUGAUGCGCACCAGUGCACCAAGCUGUAUGAACUAUCUUGGAGAAUGUGUCUCAGCAACUUCCAAACCAUCAGGAAGAAUGAAGAUUUCCUCCAGCUGCCCCAGGACAUGGUAGUGCAACUCUUGUCCAGUGAAGAGCUGGAGACAGAAGAUGAAAGGCUUGUGUACGAGUCUGCAAUUAACUGGAUCAGCUAUGACCUGAAGAAGCGCUAUUGCUACCUCCCAGAACUGUUGCAGACAGUAAGGCUGGCACUUCUGCCAGCCAUCUAUCUCAUGGAGAAUGUGGCCAUGGAGGAACUCAUCACCAAGCAGAGAAAGAGUAAGGAAAUUGUGGAAGAGGCCAUCAGGUGCAAACUGAAAAUCCUGCAGAAUGACGGCGUGGUAACCAGCCUCUGUGCCCGACCUCGGAAAACCGGCCAUGCCCUCUUCCUUCUUGGGGGACAGACUUUCAUGUGUGACAAGUUGUAUCUGGUAGACCAGAAGGCCAAAGAAAUCAUUCCCAAGGCUGACAUUCCCAGCCCAAGAAAAGAGUUUAGUGCAUGUGCGAUUGGCUGCAAAGUAUACAUUACUGGGGGGCGGGGGUCUGAAAAUGGGGUCUCAAAAGAUGUCUGGGUUUAUGAUACCCUGCACGAGGAGUGGUCCAAAGCUGCCCCCAUGCUGGUGGCCAGGUUUGGCCAUGGCUCUGCUGAACUGAAGCACUGCCUAUAUGUGGUUGGGGGGCACACGGCCGCAACUGGCUGCCUCCCGGCCUCCCCCUCAGUCUCUCUAAAGCAGGUAGAACAUUAUGACCCCACAACCAACAAAUGGACCAUGGUGGCCCCACUCCGAGAAGGCGUUAGCAACGCCGCAGUAGUGAGUGCCAAGCUCAAGUUGUUUGCUUUUGGAGGUACCAGUGUCAGUCAUGACAAGCUCCCCAAAGUUCAGUGUUACGAUCAGUGUGAAAACAGGUGGACUGUACCGGCCACCUGUCCCCAGCCCUGGCGUUACACAGCAGCAGCUGUGCUGGGGAACCAGAUUUUUAUUAUGGGGGGUGAUACAGAAUUCUCUGCCUGCUCUGCUUAUAAAUUCAACAGUGAGACUUACCAGUGGACCAAGGUGGGAGAUGUGACAGCAAAGCGCAUGAGCUGCCAUGCUGUGGCCUCCGGAAACAAACUCUACGUGGUUGGAGGAUACUUUGGCAUUCAGCGAUGCAAGACUUUGGACUGCUACGAUCCAACAUUAGAUGUGUGGAACAGCAUCACCACCGUCCCGUACUCGCUGAUUCCUACUGCAUUUGUCAGCACCUGGAAACAUCUGCCUUCUUAAAUGCAGUACAUUCUAAAGAGAGUGAGUACGAGCUCACUCCAUCACUCGAUGCUAUAAUAUGAGGUUUCUACUUUGGAGAGGCCAAGUUUAAUGAAGAGAAAAAAAGGAAAAGAAGUUAAAAGAAGUUGCAAGACACGAAUAAAAUCUGCUGCAGCUUGUAAAUGCUCUAACUGGACAUGAAGGCAGGGGGCGGGGGAGGGGGUGGGAUUUUUGGUGCAAGUAGCACAUGGUUUAAAUAUGAAUGAACAAACCUGUGAUCUAGUCCUUGUCUUGUAAUUGUGGAUUAAUGUCAACGUUAAUCAGCCCCCUCAAAGGGAGAGAAAAGCUGGACCUUUUCCCUUGCUGUACCAUAUUCAGCAUUUGAUUUCCAUGGGCUCCACCAUUUAUGUGUAAAAUUUGAAAUGGUUGUCACCUCUCUGAGGAGAGAGCUUGAAGCCUCCACACCAGCUGCUGCUGGAGAGUCAAAGCCCAACUGUGGGUCCAAGGGGAAGCUGGCUGGGCUGGCUGAAGAAUGAGGACCACUGGACUCUCCGUUAAUCUCUAAGGGGUCUGCUCCCCAGGAACGUUUCCGAACAAUGGGGACUUUGUUGGUAGCCAUUUGGUAGAUGUUCUUUUCUAUUUAUAAGUGACUUUAAACUUUUCCUUGGCUGUUAAGAAGUUUGUUAUAGAUUUAGCUAUUUAUUGUUUGAUGCCUGCAUGCUGAAACAAUGCCUACAGCUGUCUUCACAUGUAUGGACGUGUGUGAAUGGUUGUAUGUUUUGCACAUUUUGUGGCUGUUGAGAUGUGCUUUGCUGCACAAACAUGAAAACUUUUGAGUUACAAUUUGGAGUAUAACUGGAGGGUGGGUUGGGGAGGGGUGGAUUUUAAAAAUGUCAAGACAGGGAAGGAUGACAAAAUGGAAAUUUAAAUGACAUCCUAGAGGUAGAAAAACCGUGGAGAUCACUUUUCUCAGACUCACCAGAUUUUAAUGGGAUUUCAUGGGGUUUGGUUGUGCUGAUGGGGUAAGGGAAGACUUCUUUCUGCCCUUCUCCCCACUCCCAUCUGAUUUACCUAAUUCAGUCUCAGCUGCUGAAAUUUGGAAAGGACCAAAUUGCUUUACAGUUUUUUUCUUUGUGUAAUAUCUUGAAAUCCUGGAAAAUUCUAUGGAAUAGUUCUGUAUAUAGGACACAGGUAAAGGCAUUGUCCAAAGUUUAUUUAUUUAUUUAUUACCUUAUGAGAAUGCUUUGCCACAACCACAGUUAAUGGGAAAAACGGAAGUAUCACAGAUGGAAAUUAACUCACCAGAUUUCUUGACCCGAACUCCUUCUCUUCUUGCUAUAUGAUUUAGCAAGUUCUAGAAGGUCUCCAAGACAAUAAUUACAUUGGCACAAUGUAUACUUCAGUGCUCACCCUUAGGCAAAUCUCUUUUUAAAAAACUCUUUGGUGCACGAGUAACACAUUUGGCCACAAAACACCAAAGAAUUGUAAGCAGUGGCCCCUAUUGAGAAGUUUUCCGGCAGAGUUGGAAAUCAGUUGUGAAUACAUUCUUUGCUAGUUGGAGUGCUUGUUUACUAAGCAUGUGCCGUCGUAGGUAUUAGUGCUAGUCUCAAAUAGGUGCUUCCCCCGAGGUGCGGGGGAAGACCAAAGUUUGCAACUUGAACUGCUUUCGUCCACGUUUCUCACAUUGCUGUAUUUUAGAAAAUAGGGGUUAAGACUGAUAACAACCUUUUACAUUGUGACCGUGUUUGCAUUGUCUAAUGACAGAUAAAUCCUUAACAUUUCUCUCCACCUUAGUACUUUAGACUAAUUGUGCUUGUCCAUCCAUGCCAUCAAUGAGUGGGCUGUAGUUGGGCCAAAAUAAAUGAGCUGUUGGAAGAAAGGAAUAACAGUACUUUCCAGCAGUCAGUCCCUGGUUCCUAGAUGUGUUCUAAGCAAUGCAAAUGUCUAAUUGUCCCCCAGUGGGCAUAGUCAGUGUCGUUUAUAUUGUAGCAGUUACAGCUCUGUAGUUUAUGAUGCAAAUCUGCCAAGAGAGAUGUAUGUGUCACUGCAUGGCUUCUGAAAGCAGGAUGAAUUUUCUGCAGCUGUUUCAAAGUUGGGGUCUGUCCUUGAAUCCUCUAUUAAUUACUGUGUGUGAGCCAGAGGGAGCUGUGGUAAGGGUUGGGCCCCCAGCCUGCAGGGAACUUUCUGGACUCCUGCUCUUUGAAUUGAUAUAGGCAUUUGGUCUCACUACUUGACCAUUCUCACCCUGUGAAACGUCCCACACUUUGAAGCAAAUACAAUUCACAGCACAGUACACACAAAAACCUUGGCAUAAGACAGAGAAGGUUCUUCUUAUUUUGUGGGCUGGUUGCUGUAGAAACACAUAACAAAGGGCAGCCCUCCACUUCUGGUAUAAUUGUGUAGCCGCUUUUCUCUGGGCUUGACACCUGUCUUGAAUAAGAGUGAUUAGAGCCGCAUAAUGUCCCUCUCUUGGCUAUUGACCAUGUGGUUCACGUACAAAACUGUAUAAGUUGAAGGAAAAUGUUCAUGUUCAUAUGUACUUGUUUGCUAUGACUACAUUUUGAGGUUUUGUAAAACUGUUAUUUUUUUUUUUUCACAAUGUGAAACUGAAGGUCAAUAAAUUAUUAGAGAUUUUCUCUUCA